GCGUCUUUGAGCCUGUUGGACACAGCUCGGAUGAUGAGCCUCCACGACCUCGCAGAGCCUGCGUCAGCCGGCGUUCCAUAGCGCUCGUCACAGUACUCGGACUCACGCUGCUGCUCGGUGCCAUGCUCCCAAGUGGUGCUUUGCUGCGCGCGGGUGAGCUGCUUCGAGACAGAUUGUCGCUGUGGUCCAUCAGACGAGUGAAAAGGUACCCAGCGGUUUUCACAGAGUGCGUUUGGGAUACGACGAUCGCAGCCAGCUACCUGCUCCGAGGUGGAUUCGAGCUAGCAGAAGCGACACAAGAUUGUCCCAGUGUUCACGAGAUCGAGUUCGACAUAGCAAGGCGCCUUUCCGACAAGCAUCCGGAGAUCGUCGUGCCACCGAGUGGGUAUUUUCCCGGUGUGAUCGACAAGUUCGGGGGUCAUGUUCCCACGGUCGAAAACGCCACCAAGCAGGUGAAGGAUUCGUGCGCAAGAGCCAAAGACGUUCUUGAUUCGCUUCGUUUGAGGCGACCGCACUUGAGAACAAACUACAGCUAUUCGCAGGCAGCGAGGAAGCUUCGAGAGGAGGGGCAUUUUCCGCAGGCCAAUGAGCUCUUCCGAAGGCUUCAUGAAGAAGAGGAAGGCAUCAUUCCAGAGGCAGUUCUGCAGAAGAAGACAAAACAAGUCGUGAGAAACCUCUGUGCUUCGCAGAUUUCUGGCACAAUCGCUUCUUGGUCCUGGGUAGCGGGCUACUUAUCUGCAGCUUCCUCUGAGUGUGCCGGAAUGAUGUGGAUGAAGAGGUACUGCGCAUCUGACAUUGCGAGGGUGGUCGCAGCGAUAGCCGACGUCGUGCAGGGAGCGACUGGUAUCGUUGCAGCCUGCAACCAGGAUCUAAAACUGACGCGGAGAAUCGAGCACCGUGAAGAGCAGGAAGAGCUCGCGGAGGUUUGGGAAAGCAUCUUUGACCGGAGGUUGCAGCCGGUCGUGAGUGAGCUGCCAGCAGACCCAACUGAUCGUCUUCGAUUUGGAACUCGAGCACGACGACGACGAAGAACCUGA